AUGAUCAUCAAGAAGAACAAUCACCUGAGCCACUGCCUGUUCACCCCGCUGCCAGCCCCAGUACCAGCCUGUCAGCAGCCAGCCCCAGUACCAGCCCUUCAGCAGCCACCCCAGUACCAGCCCUUCAGCAGCCAGCCCCAGUACCAGCCCUUCAGCAGCCAGCACCAGUACCAGCCUGUCAGCAGCCAGCCCCAGUACCAGCCCUUCAGCAGCCAGCCCCAGUACCAGCCCUUCAGCAGCCAGCCCCACAGCCAGCCCCAGUACCAGCCCUUCAGCAGCCAGCCCCAGUACCAGCCUGUCAGCAGCCAGCCCCAGUACCAGCCCUUCAGCAGCCAGCUCCAGUACCAGCCCUUCAGCAGCCAGCCCCAGUACCAGCCCUUCAGCAGCCAGCUCCAGUACCAGGCCUUCAGCAGCCAGCCCCAGUACCAGCCCUUCAGCAGCCAGCCCCAGUACCAGCCUGUCAGCAGCCAGCCCCACAGCCAGCCCCAGUACAAGCCCUUCAGCAGCCAGCCCCAGUACCAGCCCUUCAGCAGCCAGCCCCAGUACCAGCCUGUCAGCAGCCAGGCCCAGUACCAGCCCUUCAGCAGCCAGCCCCAGUACCAGCCUGUCAGCGUCCAGCCCCAGGACCAGGCCUUCAGCAGCCAGCCCCAGUACCAGCCCUUCAGCAGCCAGCCCCAGUACCAGCCCUUCAGCAGCCAGCACCAGUACCAGCCUGUCAGCAGCCAGCCCCAGUACCAGCCCUUCAGCAGCCAGCCCCAGUACCAGGCCUUCAGCAGCCAGCCCCAACGAAGAGGAGAUCUGCCGUUGCAGAAACACCCACCAACCAAGGACCAAGCAGCAUGGCAGCAGGCAGCAGCAGCAGCAGCAGGAGAGGCAGCGAUACCUGGAGAACUGGACUUGGGUGGAGAUUCUGGACAGUAA